UUUAGGGUCCACUAAGGCAUUAACACAUUCGGUAACUUUGUCAUUCUGCCAGAGAGAGAGAGAGAGAGAGAGAGAGAGAGAGACCUUUUUUUGUUUCUUUUUAGGUGAAGAUCGAUGCCGAUGAGUCAAGGGGGUUCUUGGAGGAGAAGUAUGUCGAUGACGAGCUCAUCAACAGCAGAGGCGAAGAAGAAACCUUCCGAGAACGGCGGCCUUGAUCCCACCCGAAAAUCUCUUUCUUCUCGUUCCAUGGGGCUUACUGGAGAGCGUACAGUGAGGCGACUGAGGCUUUCGAAGGCCCUGACAGUACCUGAAACUACAAGUAUCUAUGAAGCUUGCCGUAGGAUGGCUGCUCGCGGGGUUGAUGCUUUGUUAGUGACUGACACAAAUGCAUUACUAUGUGGGAUCCUAACAGACAAGGAUAUAGCAACAAGAGUUAUUGCUCGCGAGGUGAAUCUUGAGGCGACACCUGUUUCCAAGGUCAUGACUAGGAAUCCUGUUUUUGUACUUUCCGAGACUCUUGCAGUUGAAGCCCUACAGAAGAUGGUUACCGGAAAAUUCAGACAUUUGCCCGUCGUGCAGAAUGGACAAGUUAUUGCCUUGCUUGAUAUAGCAAAGUGCCUGUAUGAUGCUAUUGCCCGUAUGGAAAGGGCAGCUGAAAAGGGGAAGGCCAUUGCAGCAGCUGUUGAAGGUGUUGAAAAACAGUGGGGGACGUCUAAAUCUGGUCCUAACACUUUCAUCGAAACACUUCGAGACCGAUUAUUUAGGCCUUCUUUGUCUACAAUCAUACCUGAGAAUUCAAAGAUAGUAACAGUCUCGCCAACUGACACAGUACUGGAGGUAACAAAGAAGAUGCUUGUGCAUCAUAAUGGUUCAGCUGUUGUGACAGUUCAAAACAAACCGUGCGGAAUUUUAACGUCAAAGGAUAUCUUGAUGCGGUUAAUAGCACAAAAUCUUCCUCUAGAGUCUACUCUAGUGGAUAAGGUAAUGACUCCAAAUCCAGAAUGUGCGACUGUGGACACCCCCAUUGUUGAUGCUCUGCAUAUCAUGCAUGAUGGAAAGUUUCUACACCUUCCUGUUGUUGAUAGAGAUGGAAUAGUGGUUGCUGUUGUUGAUGUACUUCAUAUCACUCAUGCUGCUGUAGCCACAGUGGGAAGUACUUCUGGGGUUAGUAACGAGGCUGCAAGCAAUAUGAUGCAAAAGUUUUGGGAUUCUGCCAUGGAAUCAUCUCAAGCAGAUGACGAGGAAGAUGCACACAGUGAUAGCUUGAAAAUGCCGUCAGAAAGUGCUGAGACAGGAAGAUCGAAUUCCUGUCCUUUGUCAAACCUGCCUAAUACCUUUGCUUUUAAAAUUCAAGACAAGAAGGGCCGAAUGCAUAGAUUCAAUUGUGAUACACAGAGUUUGACGGAUAUCAUUACUGCCAUCCUUCAGAGGAUGGGAGAUGAAAUUGACCGCAACAACCUGCCUCAGAUUUUGUAUGAAGAUGAAGAUCAUGAUAAGGUUGUACUUGCAUCAGACGGUGAUCUUGCUGCAGCUUUGGACCAUGCAACGUUAGCCGGUUGGAAGGGAUUAAAGUUGCAUCUAGAUUAUUCUGCAACACGCCGAAGGAGAGGUUCAAGGUCCAAGGGUGUGGAUUAUGAUUAUGCUGAAUCGGAAGCUUGGGCUUCGGCAAACAGUGCUGUUGCUGCAGGGGCUGCACUAGUUGCUGCACUAGGCGUGUUAGUGUACUUGAGGAGGGCUGGUAACUGAUUACUGAAAAAUGAAGCGAGCUAGAGGUGAAGUGGGGCGUAUCUGGUUUGAACCUAGGUUUAUUAAAGCUAUAGUUGGAAACAAGUUCCUUAAUUUUUUCAACCAUUAACGAUGUUUCAUUUGUCCGUUGGAUGUGCGUAAAUUCCUACGUUUACGCUGCAUGUGAAAGGGAUUUAGUACUCACUGAAUGGGCAGCUUGAGUGUUGUAUUUUUUUGUGUGUAACAUUGAAGGCUGGAAUUGGUUUACUCUGAACUCAUCAUUUGGUGGAGGAUUGUUUU